GAGGUGGUUUCCAGGUAAGCGGGAAGUCUCUUGCCCUCCGAGAGUAGAGGGAAAUUUCGCGGAAACUAAUAAGCUGGUCAACACACGUUAUAGUGGUCAUGAGUAGGUUGUACAUGGUAGGACAUCCUACUAUCUGGGUUGGAAUAUGUCGGUCGGAUUCUGUGUUUUUUUCCACCACGUUUCCUCAAUCACACAUUGUUAGAGACGUAUCCACAGCAACAACUGGAUCACAAAGCAGUUACAUGAAGACGUGUUCAAAUAAUUCCCUAGAUUGUUGAUACGUUUGUUUAGAUAUGUGAUCAGUUUAAAUUCAAAUGUACUCCUCUGUUUUUAUCCUUCCAUGAUUUAAUUGUAACAGAAUAUAUUUUUCAUCAUUAUAAAUAUACGCCUAUACCUACGUUUAAGGUAAGGCAACAAUUCUCCAAUUAUUUGAAAUUCUACAUGGUAUCAGAGCCUAAGUGACAAACGUCUAAAUCCUAAUAUGGCCUCCUCAGUUCCCACUUUGUCCUUUGCUCUUAUCCCCACCCCACCCACUUCUCUUACUCCUCAUCCCUUCAUCUCCAUCAAAUUAAGUCUUGAUAAUUACCUGCUCUAGUGUGCCCAAAUUGUUCCAUCUCAAAGGCACCCAUUUAUUCGGCUAUGUUGAUGGUUCCCUCCCAGCACCACCUACUCAUAUAUCUUCCACUGAAAAUACCAAAGCACGUAGCAUUCCAAAUCCUGCCUUCCACUCCUGGCAUCUUCAAGAUCAACUCAUCUUGAGUGCUCUUACUUCUUCCCUCACGGAAUUUUUUUUUUAUCUCAUGUCGUUAAGUGCACUACCUCGCGUGAUAUGUGGCUUGCACUAGAACGAAUGUUUUCCUCCACCUCUCAUGCUCGGAUCACGCAUAUUCAUUUCCAGCUCGCCACCCUAAAAAAAGCCAACCUCUCCAUUGUUGAUUAUUUCCAGCAAUUUACAAAUCUUACAGACACCCUUGCUGCUGUUGAUCAACCCUUGAAUAAUUAUGAACUUGUCUCCUUUCUUCUUGCAGGCCUUGGACCAGAUUAUGACUCCUUUGUCACAUCUGUUACCACUAGAGUUGAACCUCUAUAAAUUGAAGACCUUUAUGGUCAUCUCCUUGCUCAUGAAAAGUGAUUAGAGCAGCAGUUGAACUAACUAUCGCCAAUGCUAAUUUCACAUCCCGCAAAACCACAAAUCGUGGUGGCCGUGGCAAUCGUCUCAGCUCUCCAAGCCAAAAUGGACGAGGAAAUUAUCAGAAUUCACCAUCUCGAAACUACCGAGGUAGGGGACGUGGUUGAAGUUGUCCAUCCUCCUCCAAUAGCUCUCGUCCUGUUUGCCAAGUUUGCAACAAAACGGGUCAUGUGGCAUUGGAUUGUUAUCACAGACUCGGGUGCUGCACACCACCUCACUUUGCAACUUGCCAAUCUGAAUGUUAAAGCUGAAGAAUACUCUGGAUCUGACACAAUUCGUGUCGGCAAUGGAUCGAGUUACGGGGAAGUUGCUGCUCCAAGGCCAAAGUAACAAUGGACUCUAUCAAAUUUCAUCCACUCAAAAUAAAUGUGCUCCUUCCGCUUUCUCAAGUGAACACUCAACUCUCUCCUUAUGGCAUGCUCGCAUGGGUCAUCCUUCAUUUCAAAUUGUUCAUCGUGUGCUUCAUCAAAUGCAAGUCCCAGUACAUCGUCCCUCCAUCUCUCAAAAAUGCUCUGCUUGCUUGAGUUCAAAGAGUCGGCAAUUACCAUUUUCCACUUCUUUAACUCAAGCUACAGAACCUUUAGCAUUAAUCUAUACUAAUGUAUGGGAUCUUGCUCCUAUUUGUUCAAACACUGGUCAUAAAUAUUAUGUUUCUUUUUUGGA